CCUAAAACUAGUAGGCGGCGACCUGUCCUCCUCGGGGACGAGCUUGUCUUUGUCUGCCCCGACAGGCUGCAGGCGGAGGUGGACGAGGUCAUCGGUUCUAAGAGGCACCUGGACUGUGACGACCUGGGGAGACUGCAGUACCUGUCCCAGGUUCUCAAAGAGUCGCUGAGGCUGUACCCGCCGGCAUGGGGCACCUUUCGCCUGCUGGAGGAGGAGACCUUGAUUGACGGGGUCAGAGUGCCCGGAAACACCCCGCUCCUGUUCAGCACCUACGUCAUGGGGCGUAUGGACACGUACUUUGAGGACCCACUGACUUUCAACCCCGAUCGCUUCAGCCCCAAAGCACCCAAGCCGAGGUUCACCUACUUCCCCUUCUCUCUGGGACCGCGCUCCUGCAUCGGGCAGCAGUUUGCUCAGAUGGAGGUGAAGGUGGUCAUGGCCAAGCUGCUGCAGAGGCUCGAGUUCCGGCUGGUGCCCGGGCAGCGUUACGGGCUGCAGGAGCAGGCCACGCUCAAGCCGCUGGACCCUGUGCUUUGUACUCUGCUGCCCCGGGGCUGGCAGCCCGCACCCCCGCCGCCCUGCUGAGCGGGCCUGGGCUGGAUGGGACUCCUCGGGCAAAGGCAUCACACCCACGCUCCUCUGCAAGCCCACUGCCACCCACCCUGCUCCCCUGCCCCCUUCCUCAGGGGCACCCUCCACGCUGGCUCCCAGUGGGCCCCCUGCCAACCACCACCUGCUUCACACCUCCCCCCUCCCCCCCAGAGCUCCCUGUCCACUGCUAAUUCCACGCCCUUCCUGGACUGGCCCCUGCCUAACUCCCAGCUGCCGCCCAGACGUGCCGUCUCUUACCCCGGACCUCUUCGCAUAGGCCACUCCCUCUGCCACACACCCUAACUCUUGCUCACUUCCUAAAACCCUCUUCAGGUGUCACCUCCUCCAGGAAGCCCUCCCUGCCGCCCCCGGCCGGGCCAGGGGCCCCUCCUCUGUGCUCCCUUGGUCACCUGUGCUACCUCUAACACCACACUGACCACACUGUAUUGUGAGUGUCCUUUGACGUGACCAACUGCCCUGCCAGGCUGUGAGCGCCUCAUGGGCGAGGUCUGUGUAUGAUUCGUCUCUGAGCCCCCCUGGGCCUGGCACAGAGUCGAUGCUCAAUAAAUAUGUGUUGACUGCAUGAA